GAAUCCAUCUCAGGAUUUUUCGCGAAAAGUGGAGUGACGGAUGUCUCAAAGUAAUUAGUGAUAUUAGCUUCUGCAUGUGCACUGUCAGCUUGGAUGAAGACCUUAUUACGUAUUUGGAAGAAUCUCUGAAGGUUUGUGAUGAUGAUCUUGAUGUGGAAGGAAUUUCUUCUGUUUGCGAAGCUUAUCUUCCCAAUUUCAAAGACAUUUGCAGAACCGAAUUCAAUUGCUGGUAUGCUCAAACACGGGCGGCAUUUAUCUCGAGCCAGACUGAUAACAGCGCGACUCAGUUGGAUCAACCUGGUGGGAUCAGACCAACUUCGUCCGAACUAGAUGGAACAAAACCGUCAGCAACCGAUGACGAUUCGGGUGAUGACAAUGGCAUCUGUGACACAUCACUUGGCGCUCUGAUGAAGAUGUUCCCCCAGGUAUGUCGGAAAGAGCUGAAACAGUGUCUCCAGUUGGCUGACGGAGACCUUGGUAAAGCAGUAAACUUGGCGCUUGAUCGAGCGGAGCAGGCUACAACGGACAAGGCACAAAACCAGCCAGCUGACCGAGGUCAGGUAACAUCUUCGAUGUCGCCGAACCUUCCAGACAGUGAACCAAACGAAUCUGCGUCUACUCUCAGUGCUGAGGAACGGAUAUCCAUGCUCGAACGGUACGGUAUAGUUCAAGCCGAAAGAACGGGGAGCUUGUGUCCUGUUCCCUAUGCUGCCGCAGAACCGAAAUCGACUGUUCGUUAUCUCGACGGAAAAGUAGUGGAUACCAAAGGCAAAAAAUACAUAGAAAUCAAACCUGAAUACCCUAACAUGCCCCAACCGCAAUUUUUGAAAGCCCUGAGACGUUACAAAAAACACUGAUCUGUUUUUUGUGCGACAUGCGAUCCUAUCCGUGCUCAUAUGAACAGCCUCCACCGGUGCCACAAUACCUUUGGGAAACGCAUUUUCCGACUCUUUGGUCGGCAUACCCUCCCAGUCCAUGUACUUUGUACUAAGUUGUAA